UUCUCCACACUUUUGUCUUCCAUUCGUCUGCCGAGUCGUUGAUUGGUAUCAAGUGCUUACUUACUACUACGUGUAUCCUGCAGCGUUGUGUGGUCCGCCGACGACGCGGUGUGUCGAACGUCGUAAAUUGGUAGCACCAGGCACUGACGGAUAAUAUGAGGAGUGUCGCUGCUGGAGGUCAAUAGUUAUCAAUUACCAAGCUCCAUCGCUGGAGUCCUCAUUAUUAUCUUGCCUACCAGGAAUACACGUUCAUACAUUUCAAAUAAAUAUUCAAGCACAAUGCAGAUUCAGGUAUUAUUAUUAUCGAUGAUGCUGGCGAUAUCGACAUCGUCUCCAUCGCCGUCUCCUCCUCCAAGGGCAGGCUAUUACCCAUCUUCAUCUCCCCGACCAGUUUACAUGGCCCAACGGUCUCGAGACUAUCCAACCCAGGCCUCUUCUGAAGACGAUGAGCCAUAUCCAUCCACAUCCUCUUUGGGGACAGCUCGAACUACCAAUGGUGCUGAAGAAGCUGAGGAUAAUACUGGUUUUGUGGAGCCGAUAGACUUCAAAAAUCUUCUCCAAGACGUGGACUCAACUUCUAAGGGCUUAGAACUUGGGGCUAACAAUAACAAUAACCCGUUGUUUGCGUCGGAAUCAAAAAAUUCCUUUGCUGGAUUCUUUGGUUCGGACAAUAAGGACCCGUUUGCUGAUUUUGGGGGCGGUGGUCUCGCAGCAGCUUCGUCCGAAAGAAGCACCAAGAAUCCUGACGAUAGAGAAUCCACUGGUUUUGUCGACCCCAAUGUAAAUUUUAGAAGCUUGUUUGAUUCAUCACAAACUGCUAGUAAUGGCUUCACACCGCAAGAUUUUUUAGGAAGUCAGCAGGGAGAUGGAAAUGGGGCGAGGGGAUCUCAAACAAGAGCAUUCCCAUCUUUCACCUACAGCGGAAGAAAGGAGGAUGGUCCACCAAACAGAUUCCGAUCAAACUACCGACAAGUUGACUCCCAGGAUGACGACUACAGCAGCAACAAUCGUGGAAGGGAUGACGAUGAUCGAGACUACGAGGACUCCCCCAGAGGUCGACCACGAUACAGCAAUAACAGUCCCACACCAAGAUACUCUCCAAACACGGAGGAAAGCUCACACCGACCACAAUCAACGGGGCGAGGAGGAGGAGUCUCAGCAAGCCCAAAAGCUGCUGAAUCAAAAAACAAUCCGAAAUGCAAAAAGGUCGAAAAAACUGUAGACUAUGAAAACGAGGAUUAUGCCGGUUUCACCGAACCAGAACCUGACUAUGACCCCUCAACCUACAGGGGACGUUACAAGAGACAGUCACGACCUCGACAGGGGAGACAGGCCAAAGCCAAGAGACCCAUGACUUGCUACGUGUGCGAAGAUGAACAAGGACGCUAUGCGGAGCGCUGUUCGUACGAUUCUAAAGCCAAUCCGAACAAGAACGAAUAUUUCCACUCUUCGUCGAGCUCUUUUAGCGAUAACGGCAACAACGGUCGACGUCCCUCUGGAAAACAAGAUAGACAUCGAAGGAAUCCAUCGAUUAAUCGCCGGCGAUUUGACGUAGCUUCCACGACGCUUGCAACCGUAUCACUUCCAGCCCCAAAAUCUGUUGAUGUGGCAAACGAGCCCAAGAAAUCGUCAGAAAUAGAAGAGGCCGAGCCCAAAGUAGUCGAGAAGCGUCAAAGUGGCCCAGACAGAUAUGCCUCAAAUUUUGGAAGCAAUGGUCCAAGAAACAACGCAAGGAACAACAAUCGCAACAAUGACUUUGACUAUAACGGUCCUGCCCAAAAUGGGGCGGAUUUUGGUCUCCCCAGAGGCUACAUUGGGGCCCGAGAGGAAGAAAACGACAGUCCUCAGUACCAGCCGCAAGGAGGAGGAAGAGGAAAUGACUACGGAUUUGAUGGUGCAAAUGAUGGCAGUAAUAACGAUGACCGAGAUUUUGGAUUUGGUGGAAGGGAUUCCUCCAGCAGCAAUAAUAACAAUAAUGACUUCAAUUUUGGACCACCAGCAGAUUUUGGUAGAGAAUCGGCCCCAUCCGGCGGCGGCGGCUCAGAUCGUGGUUUCAAUUUUGAUUUUUCAAUACCAAAGGAGUACGACCCCGAUGUUCAACUCCGAAAUUCUAACCGUAACUCGAAUCGCCAGGGAGGUUUUGAUGGUGGAAGUGAUGCGACGAGCAAUCGAGGCGAUGCCCCAACCAACUUUGACGCGGAGUAUGACGAUUAUGUAAAAAAGAAUUUCCCCGAUGCCUUUGGUCCAUCUUCCGCCUCCUCGUAUCCAGAGGCUUCAACACGACCCUCAUCAUCCUCCUUUCGACCGAGCGCCGGACCACCCCUGCCUAGUUAUCAACCAAGACCCCGUGGACCAGAUCGAGACCAUAGUUUUAAUCAAUUUCAUCAACCAGAAAGCUCUCCCCCACGCGGACGAGGCAACAAUCACAGAGGGAAUCCAGACAAAGAACAUACUCAGCCAAGCUACAACUUUGCUCCACCUCCAAAUUUUUACAAUGAUAGUCCUCAAGGAGGAUUUCAUGGGGAUGUGCAGGACAAUGCUCAAAAUUUAAAUAAGCUGGUGGAAAACUUUUCAGAAAGAGAUCGUGCAGGUUGUCAACGAGUAUUGAAGGGAGAUAUGAGCUGUUUUGUUUGCCGUGAUGCUAGAGGCAUGAACAAGGAAGAGUGUAUGUAUUCUUCGAAUGACCCCAAAAACCAGAGGAUGGCUUAUCAUGAGGUAACUGAGUACUCUUCGGAUCCUCCUGCAAGUAUUUUACCGCUGCCUCAAAAUCAUGAAAUUGCCGAACAACCACAAACAUCACAAGCUGCUUCUGAAAUUUCAUCAAAAACUGUUGCCUCACCACAUUCUACUCCGUCUAAUGCAACAAGUCUUCACAAUAAAGUAAAAUCCGAUACGAAAUCCAGCACCCCGAAGUCAAAGUCUGUGACUAGGGUGGAGUCCACUGUUGUUACAAGAAAAAUCCACCAUGAAAACAACACGCCAUUCGAAUACGAUUUUGAUUACUAAUUGGAGCAGGAAUUCGAGAUCUUAAUAAUAUUAAAAGUUUGCAUGCAUCUACGUAUGCUUGGGUAUAUCUUGAUUUAUAUGAACCUUGUGGGAAGGAAUUUAACACAGAUACUCAGGUCAAGCCUUUAGACUAAUAUGUUUCCUUGUGGAAAAUUAUGUAGCGUGGUCAAAUGUUCCAAUAUAAUUUUCCGACAAACUUAAGUUUCUACUUAUGUCCGCAUACAUACAUAUGUAUGCACAUAUAUGUAAGUAAUUUUAAUUGUUGUCAUCUGUGUGACGACAUUUUACGCAGUACAUCGUUCUACAUUAUUGGAAUGAAAAUUGUUACUUGGUACAAUAAAUGUUGAUAGAUAAGUA